AUGCCUUUAUAUAUGGAAAUUUCUAAUAUGGACGAAGCUCCCAUCCAAGAAGUGACCGACGAAAAUGUCACCUUUAAAGACCUUGGUGUCUGCGAUGAGCUUUGUCUGUCAGUAGAACGACUUAAUUACCGCCAUCCUACACAAAUUCAAAAAGAAUCAAUUCCAUAUGCACUCAAAGGAAAUGAUAUAAUCGGCCUUGCUGUGACUGGUUCAGGGAAAACCGCAUCUUUUGCUCUUCCCAUUUUGCAAAAGCUUCUGGAUAACCCACAGUCCUUUUUUGCAAUUGUUCUAACUCCAACCCGUGAGCUCGCAAUCCAGAUCUCUGAACAAUUUGAGGCGAUUGGUGCUUUUAUCCACCUAAAAACUGCCGUUUUGGUGGGAGGUCUUGAUUUGAUGCAGCAGGCUUUAUCUUUGUCAAAAAAGCCUCAUGUCAUCAUAGGGACUCCUGGACGAGUUGCAGAUCACUUACAAAACACAAAAGGCUUUAACCUGAACCAAGUAAAAUUCUUAGUUCUGGACGAAGCUGAUAGACUGCUGAACAUGGACUUCGAAAAAGAAAUCAAUUUGAUCGUCGGUGCCUUGCCAGCUGAAAGAUCAACUUUUCUAUUUUCAGCGACCAUGACAAAUAAAGUACAAAAGCUCCAAAGAGCCUGCUUAAAAAGAGACGCAGUGAGAGUCCAGGUUUCAGAUAAAUAUCAAACUGUAGAUACUUUGACACAAGAGUACUUAUUUGUUCCUGCUCAGUAUAAAGAUACUUAUUUAUAUGCAAUUUUAAACCAAUUCAUGGGAAACUCAGUCAUCAUUUUUACUGAUACUUCAGCUAGCGCUUCCAAAGUUUCAACUAUCCUAACGAAGCUAGGAUUGAAAGCCAUAGCACUAUUUGGCAAGCUUUCCCAAGAUAAAAGGCUAGAAGCGCUGAAUAAAUUCAAAGCAAAAGGAAGAAAUAUUUUGGUAGCGACUGAUGUAGCUAGCAGAGGGCUGGAUAUUCCUUCUGUUGAUUUGGUUAUUAACUAUGAUAUUCCUCACUCCCCCCCCCCCCUCCGUGAGCGAACAAAACCAUUAGAAAAAUCGCCAUUUUUUGACCAAAAACCCACCCUCCGUGAGUGAACAAAAAUUUUUUUAAUAGAAAAAAUUUUAAUGGAAAAAAAUUUUGAUAUAUAAGUGAUAAUUAGUAUAAUGAAAUCUAGAGCUAAUUCUGUUUAAUUUUAAACAAAUUGCGUUUUAAAAAACAUAAAUUUUGCAAAUUAAAUUAAUAUUUGCUUCCCAAUUUUUGCAAAUUAGGAUUUUUUUAAAUUUCGAAAAAAAUAUUUUUUAUAAAAUUUAUAUAUAAAUUUUUUUUUAAAAAAAAAAUUAACCCCCCUCCGUGAGCGAACAAAAUUUUUUUUGUUCGCUCACGGAGGGGGGGGGGGGGUCAGCAAUCUAAAAAUUACAUACACAGAGUCGGCAGAACUGCAAGAGCUGGGAGGUCGGGCAGAGCUAUUAGCAUUGUUACUCAAUAUGACGUGCAGCUGUUUCAAAGAGUGGAAUCAAUUAUAAACAAAAAAUUAUCUGAAUUUAAAAUUGACCAGGAUUCAGUCCUUGUAAACCACGAAAAAGUGUUAUCAGCACAAAGAGAAGCGCUACAAGAUAUCAAAGAACAGCAACACAAUAAUGAAGACCCAGAAGAUGAAGAAAACCAAGACGAAGAUGGCUCAGGACCUAAAAUCCGCAAAAAGAAAAAAUUCAAUAAAAGGCCGGUUAAAAGACAUUAA